AUGGAUGGUAAACAAUUAAUCGAGCUUUUUGAUGACUUCGCGAGCUCUCAAGAUAAUGACGGAAAGGCUCGUGACGCUCUCUUUGACGGUUGUCUUAAUGCGUCAACUCGAGAGCUCGAUGAUUUUUUUAAUGAGCUCUCGGACCUCCUACCCCACUCUCUCGACACCUACCUUCCGGCUUUGAUAAAUUACCUUUCUUACCCUCGUAAUCGAUCUUCAACUUCUGACUUUGCCUCGAUUCUAAUCAAUGUCGUCAUCGCGCGCAACUUGCGCUACUUCGAUACCUCCGGUUUCGGGGAGCUCCUAUAUUACUGUAUCGAGCUCCUUUGGCAGACUUGUGAUAAGAAGAUCGCUGUCCAAGCAAUAAACCGUCUAUUUGAUGCAAUUCUGGAUGCCCAUGGUGUCUUCGGUAUUUUGAUAUCAGAAGCCUUUGGUCAUCAUUGUCUCAAACGUGUCCUCUUCGAUUUUAACAUGAUUAAUCGGAUUGAGAGAGACAAGUUGCUUAGGGCCGCGGACGUGAUUUCAUCUCUCGUGGACAAAUGUUCUGUACACGCGAAUGCCCCAUCUCAGUUAUCAGAGCGACUUUUCAUGUACAAGGCUUGCACUGAACUAUCAGAAACAUUGAACAGUUACCAAAGUGCCGAACGCGCCAUUCUAAACACCAAAAAAAAUUUGGUCCUGCCAACACUAGGGGAGAUGGUUAAGCAUGAAAAAAAAAGAAGCAGUGAAAAACAAGACCGAGAUAGAGAACAAAACACUCGUAACUCGGUGGUUGUUAAAAACUUGCCGCCUUUUUCAACUCGAGAUGAACAACACCUCUCCUUGUUAGGAAUGACGGCUCCUCAGAAGCUAUCAGAGUUAACAAACUUUUUACGAACUCUUGAACAACAGAAGAUAAAUUUACUCGGAGAUUUGAUGAAGUUCUUGCCAUGCUCAAGCUGUCACGAUCACGCUCUUGUAUAUUUCUCCCCUGAAAAAUAUUCUGUUGAGGAGGAAUCGAUGGAUUACACAUCAUCCGAAAACCUUUUCCGACUUCCAUUCGAAUUCAGCAAUGAUGAUAAGCUCGGACCGUGGGAUGUUCUGCUCAGCGAAGACGCGGUUAAAGAUAUGCGGCAAUUGGAGUCACCUCUGAAGACCAAAGCAGUUAUGAAAAAGCUCGGGCAUAUAUCAUCCGGGGCGUGGGAUCGACACGGGCUCCGAUGUACGAUCGCCAAUCCUUCAAGCAGUAAUUCUGUAGAUGUCUACGAAAUACUACUUCCCGAACAAGAUGAACUGAGAAUUUUCUGGCAGGUUGACCGCGGGUUCUCCACUCGCAGCCAAUCAUUCAAGCAGCUGGUGAGAAUCUGGACCGUUACUGCCAACCAAGAACAGAUCUGCGAGACGUUAAAGAAUCUUGAGAUGGUUCACCAGGUCUACACCCCUGUGCACAUUCAACAAUGUGCAACGGGCAACAAUGAAAUUGUUUUUCCUAGAGUUUUUGAGGAUGAUGAGGUGAAGUCUGCUGACGACAGGCUGUGUGACCAACAGGCAGAUGAUGAAAGACUGCUAAAGAAUUUGUUCAAGUCACUCGUCCUCGGAGGAUCUGACUUCACCUUCCAGGUGUCUAAAACUGAAUACGAGAUCAUCAACCAUCCUAAAUCGGCUAUCAUCGUUGGUCGAUCUGGGACAGGGAAAACAACGUGCAUUAUCUUUAGGUUGAUUGCUUCAUACUUGAAAGAACUCAGUUGCAAAAUACAUAAGACUCCUUCCUCGCAUCAUAGGAGACAGAUAUUCAUCACCGUGAGCCCCACUCUGUGCCUUCGGGUGAAGCAAUAUUUUAACCAAUUGCGAAGAUCAGCAGUACUCGCGGGCAAGAAGAUGUCAUUAACUCAGUUCUAUGAAUACAUGAAGGAGAGAGAGGAAAGCGGUGAUCUCGAUCAGCCGGAUAUCGAGUUGAUCGAAGAAGAUGAUGAGGAAAAAGUGUUGGGAGAUAUCCCGAAUUCAUUUGAUCAGUUAUCGGAACACCAUUUUCCGCUGUUUAUCACAUACGGAAAGUUUUCCAAAAUGCUCGAGGGAACCUAUGGCAUUGACGUUUCCAAGUUAUGGACGGCCAAAUAUCAAAAGUUUAUUACGGACGAUACUAAUGAGGGCGAGGAAUUUAUUCCUCCUAAAAUUUCUUUUGCAGAUACGUCCGAUGAGUCGUGGAGACAUUUUGUGGAUUUUCGUCUCUUCCAAAAAAAGUAUUGGCCUCAUAUUAGUCGAAAGAAGUUAGAUUGCGCCCUGGUUUACUCCGAAUUUUCCAUUAUCAAAGGUUCGAAUCCUGAUGUGGACCAUUUAUCAAGAGAGGAUUAUCGAGCCGUCAACAUUAAAAAACACCCAAUAUUUUACGACCGUGACAUGAUUUAUGACAUAUUCGAGCGAUAUGAACGCAUGAAGAUAUUGAAUCACGAUUAUGAUUUGAUGGAUCGAACGCUAGCCACCUUGCGUUGUGCCAAAAAGAAGGCAAUUGGUGGUCACCAAAUUCAUGAAGUAUAUGUUGAUGAAUGUCAAGACAACCAGCACAAUGUAUUGCCCGCGGAUCCUCUUUCCGUUUCCAAGGCUUCUAAUAAUUCGACUGUAGAUGUAAAUCAACUGCUCUACCAAUGGGAGCUCAGUCGGACCCAAGCUAAUAAUGGACCUUACAAGUUCAUAAAACCAAAAAGAUUUGAGCUUAAUACAAACUACCGUUCUCAUAACGGGAUCCUCCGACUUGCCGCAUCCGUGAUCGAUCUCAUCCGAAACUUUUUUCCCGAUUCCAUCGAUCGAAUGCCCCGUGAGAUGGGUGAGGUUGGCGGUCCGCGGCCUAUCAUUUUCGAGGGAUUUCAUGCUGAAAAAUUCCACUUUAGUGCCUUCUCUGCUGGUAAUCAUUCUGAAUUCGGCGCGGAUCAGGUCAUUAUCGUACGUGAUGAUGAAGCUAAAAAACGUGUAAGAGCUCUAAUCGGAAAAGUCGGCUUGGUGCUGACAGUCUUUGAGGCAAAGGGCAUGGAGUUCAACGACGUGCUCUUGUAUAAUUUUUUCACCGAUUCUCCCGCGCUCCUAAAGUGGCGGGUGAUUCUUUCUGUCUUGAGUAAUUAUUCAGGGGGAAUCCAGACCUUCUCUGUAGAAAAGCAUUACAUCAUUUCCUCGGAACUAAAACAUCUCUAUGUUGCGGUGACCAGAGCCCGAGAGCGAAUCUGGAUAUUCGACGAGAAUGCCGAGUUGAGUGAACCAAUCCGAACAUAUUGGAAGUAUCACGGUCUGGUCAAGGUUGUCAAGGGUGCGGACGAACUCUCUGUUUUCCCUACCUUGGCAAAGAAGAGUAGCACAAGCGAAUGGGAAAAACGGGGGAAAAGUUUCUUCGAACAGCGGUUGUAUGACCAGGCGAUUUUCUGUUUUGAAAAAAGUGAAAACAAAGAGAAACUCGACCUGUCCAACGCCUAUUAUCUUCAACAAAUUGCCAGGGACUCAAUAUAUGACUCUGACGAAGAGGUUGUAAAAUCUAACUUUAUUAGCGCCGCUCUGCAAUUUAUAAAAUGCUCUCGACCAACUCAGGCGGCUUCAUGCUAUAUGAGUGUCAAUAUGUAUGAAGAAGCGGGUGACGUUCUCGUCGAAUGGAAGAUGUUUGAGCCCGCUGCAGAUUGCUACCAUAAGGGCAAGAUCUGGCGCAAGGCGGGUGAGUAUUAUGAAAAAGCGAAUAAAUACACAAAGGCGGUUGUUUCUUAUAAAGAUGGUGGCGACUAUGAAACGGUAAUCGAUCUGAUGAAAAGGCAAGAAAUUGAAAAAAACACCUUCUACCGUCUUGCCCGACUUAUCAAUAUUCAUUUUAUCCGGGAGGGUAAAGAAGAGAUGAGCAAGAAAGCCCUUUCCCUCUUGUCGCAAGAAGAACAAGCUGAGCUCUUGAAGGACCAUGCACCAAACGAAUUUUUGAAGGUUUGCGAGAAGAGCAGCGAGUUUCGCAUUGCUGCCAAAUAUUUACGCUCUCAGGGAGAAUUUGAAAAGGCUGCUCAUAUGUUCACCCACUCCAAUGACAAGGACGAUAUCAUUGAGUCAUUAGAAUGUUUUUUGCAUUUAUGCAGGGCUAACGUGCUGAAAAACACUAUUUCGAAUAUUAGUAGUCCGAACCAUCUACCGGAAUUGCGCAGCCUCCUUUAUAAAGUGCACGGUGUUAUCAAAAAAAAAAUCCUAUCAAAACAGCAGAUAACUUUGAAAAAUGAAUUUCAGUUAUAUAUUAAUUAUUUGAAUAAUGACCUUGACAAGGUCCGCGAAUGCAUGCAAUUCUUCAGGGAACGUCAAGAUCUCGCCUCUGAAUUCUAUGCAAUCAAUGUGUGGCUUCACAUGCGAUCAAAUAUUGAGAUCAAGUAUUGGCGCGAACGGUUGCAGUGCUUACUUAGACUAUGUGAAAUAACCUUUCCUUUAAUAGUUCCUCGUCGAGAUGGCAACGUAGAAAAAAUUCGCGAUGAUUUUGAAAAAAUCCUUUUUGUAAGUGUAGUGGAUGGCCGCCCGCGGGAACGAAGAAUUCACUUAGACAGUCCACUCAUUCAUUUCAUGGACGAAAUGCAAGACGAGAAUCCCGGAAAGGAUCCUGCAGAAAUUAUAGAUGAUCGACACGUAUAUGACGUGGAUAUUGUGCACUGGAAAAUUUCGCGAUUCCUUGCUUCAUAUAUAUUCGAGCUCAUCGAAGAAGCCCACCGGAAGGGUUUAAAUAUUCCUAACAUCACGUCAAUAAUAUGUUCUAAUUCGGUAUCCUGUCGUCAGAAAUGUUCAUUUUAUCAUGCUAUUCCUACACCAUCAGUUAUAUGCCAACGCCUGGAACUUGGGUUCCUUCAAUAUAAUGUGAUGCGACAGUUAGACAUCUUAUACCGUCGCCGUGUUUUACCCAAAGAUGAACAAAGUAAACUUGUGCUUAGAUUCCAAAGAUGUUGGGCCGAAAAAUUGGUCGAAGCCCACAUUCGCUAUCAAACACCACAAACAAGCUGUUCAGAAAUUACUCACAUGAUGCUUACUAAACUUCCUAAGAUCGUGCGUACUGGAUUUAUUAGCCUUGCCCACAGGAUAUGGUUAAAUUCUAUAUUCAAGAACGUUGGCGACUUUGGAACAAUGUUAAAAUGCAUAUUCGUUCUUCAACAGCUGCGGGAUUACUGGGGAAUCAAUAAAUUUCAUUGGGAGAUGUCAAGAACACAAAGGCUUUAUCGCUCUAAAAGUUUACCUGUUGGCUUUGAACUCAAUGAUAGAAGUUCCCAAGCGAUCCCUGUUGGAAGACGACUUUCGUCAUUUUUCUUGUUUUCACGUGGUAAUAAAGUGAAGGAAGCAAUCUCAAAUGCAAGAGUGUUCAUUCAGUAUGCCAUAGAAAAUAUUCGGUUAGUCAGUAUUGUUGAAAUCCAUGCUUUUGGGGACCUUGUGUCUCUUAUGGAAUUCACGUUAUUUCUAAUUCUUGCGAAUUCUCCUGGGACUUGUGACUUUUGCCUCCCUCGAGCUUACCUGUUUAGUUAUUUCAAUGCAUUUAAUGUGAAGUCACUCCUCCCGAGUCAUGCCGGUUACCAUAGAACAGAUUUUCUCGGUGCAAUAGAGACCUUAUUAAAUCAAACGCAACGAUUGUUGCUUCACGAAGACACGAAAUAUCCAAAUGUCAUUCUUCGGCUAAUACGACUCCUAGUCCUCAUAGGUUUGAAUGAGUCCACUUUGAUCUCAAGGGUCUUAAAUUUAUUUAGAUAUUUGACCAAGGAACCUCGAUUUAAAAAUUAUAAGUACAUCGUGGAAAAAAAUACGGGAAGACUUUGGGAAAUUUUAAUCAAUGAUCUCAAAGAGACAGGCUGUGAUUCCCUUGUUAAUGUUUAUUACGACUGUGGCGGAAAAUCAAGAUUCUCUGUCUUUGAAAAGUAUGGCACUACAAAACUUUCUUAUAACUCUAUCGAGGGAUUCCAUUCUUCCCUCCGGAGGAUGAUGUCUUCAACUGAAGAAAGGAUUGCUACUGCUCCGGAAAAUCAAUCCUUGACGAAACAAUCGGAAAUUAAUGAACAAAAUGAAACCCCAAUGGCCAUUUCUUUUGUUGGUGAUGAAGAUGAGCAAUCUAUAGAUCUCAAUAUGGUUCAAGAGACAACCAUUGAAAUGCAGUCCCGGUUCCUCAAAAUUCAACUUUCACCCAAGGCCCGUGAGGCAGCGGCAAAGAUUCAAAUCUGGUUCCGACGAAUCUACGAACGACAAAAGUCUCGUAAGUCCUAUAAUGAUCAAACUUUGAGCAGAAUUUACAACGAAAUGCUUGGCUUCUGUCGAAAUUCAUUGCACUGGAAAGCUGUUGUAAGACAAAAGGGAAAAAGGGUAGUGCUUAAAUACAAUAUUUUGUUGAAAGGCCCGACGGUAGACAUAAUCGUAAAACUAACUAAGCUGCAGAAUGAAAUGGACACAAUAAAAUACAAGUUAAAAAAAGCAAUUAAUGAUCGCCGCAUAGAUAAUAUGAAGCUUGAAAAGUUAUUAGAAUUAGAAGACAAACUAAAAGAUGAAUACGAAGAGAAAGUUGACCAAGCGUUGAAAUCAGUAUUGCCUAAUACGAACAUAGCAAAACAUAAGGAAGCAAAUAUUAAAUGGCUAAAAAAUCAAUUGCAACAGGCAAAAGACAUCAUUGAUGAGAUUUUGGAAUGGAAGGACGAAUGUAAGACCGCCAUGAAAUCGACUAGUUUUGAACCCGAUUAUUAUCAAUAUUGA